UUAUUUUCAAGUGCACGGCGUAUAUGUGAACAUGAGCAUUUCAGAUAAGUUCUUAAAAAGCCACUCAGUGCUGUGUGAUAGUGAAUUAGAUGACUCUUUCAUAGACAAAAGCAAGUAUCAGUAUGUCGUAGACAAAAUGCCCACGGUUGAGUUGACGAAGUUAAGUAAAGAUGAAUUCAAUGAUGGUAUACUGAAGCUGGCUGAGUUUGAUGUUAGCAAAAUUGGGAACAAAUCAUGUGGAACAAUAUUUCAUGUUGACAAAGAGUCUUUGAAAAUACCAGCUGUAUAUGACGUUCUAUGUGAAAUACUUCUUCACGUAGAUACUGAUGAGCGAUUGAGAGCGUUUAGUGACAUUACUGAAAACUAUUACAACAAGACUUUGUCAAAAUAUGACCUCACAAAGGACCAAUUUAGCACCCAGCUAAGGCUGUUCUUACCAUAUGCAAAGUUUGAGAGGUUAUAUCAUUCAUGUAAGAAAGAAAAUAUUGAUGAUAUCCAAAAAUCGGCGUUAGAAGUUGAAGAAUGCAUUCAAUAUCCAGUGCUGUAUAGAGAAGAAUGUUAUGCUAUUUUAAAGCAUAUCUACAAAACUAAAGAAGCAGAAUUGAUAAGUUUUGAGGCUGUGCCUGCUCAAGAUCUACCUGGAAACCUCGGAAAGUAUUACAAAAUAAAGCUGACUGCUAGAAAUGGUACAGAAACGGAAACUCACCGCUUAUUUGCAAAAAUAGUUGAUAAAGACAACCCAGAUCUUAGAGAAUUCUCUAUGGUGCCUUUUGGAAAAGAACAGUUCUUUUUUGAAACUCUGCUAAAAAAGUGCGAAGAACUUGGUUUAGAGGAGCUGACUGAUGUUUGCCCAAAGUGUUACUUCGCUGGCAAUGACAAGCUCCUUUUUGAAGACUUGUCAGUUGACGGAUACAGUUCCUGGAACUUUCAUAUACCAGUCUCCUACAACUGGUUGGAAACAACUGUUAAAAAGUUGGCAAAACUGCAUGCUAUGUCUAUCAUCUUUGAAGAAAAGCUUAGUGAGAAGACUGGAAAGAUAGUAAGACUGGAUGAAGAAUUUUCGGAAGGUGUAGCUGAAGCAGCUUUUUUGGAUAGAGAAGAUAUUAGAUCCUUCAGAGAAUCUUACAAAAAAUGUGUUGGUGAGUACAUUCUGCCCAGGUGUCUGGGCGAGUCCGAAGGUGGAAGACUUGAUACACUUAAGGAGAAGAUCUACGAGGCAUCUGACAGGAUAUAUGUACUCGUACAAAAAUCUGAUAAGAUAAGGAAUGUUUACAGUCAUGGAGACAUGUGGGGAGCGGCUUUUGAUCAUUCUCAGAACAAUUUCUGGAGCGGUUGGAAACUAAGUAUUGACGUUUAUAUGGGGUUGAGAUUUGUAGAUGUUGGUAUUAUCAGUGAAAGGCGUUUUGUUAUUGGGAAAUUUGUAAUUACGGUAGUACUACCCUUCUGUCAGACCAGCUACCCAGCAAGGCGACACCCAGCUCCCUCGGUUAGCCAACGUCAUGUACAAAGAAGAUCAAGCAACUCGAACUUCCUCUGCGUACCUCAUAGACUUCCAGCUGACAAGGUACUGUUCUCCAUCAGUAGACCUUAUGUUCCUUCUUUACGCCAAUACAGACCGUACCUCAAGACUAAAACAUGUCAAGGAUCUGAUCGAAGUGUACUACAAGGAAUUAACUAAUAUCUUAAGUUCUUACGAAAUUGACGCUGGAAACAUAUUCACGCUGGAGCAGCUGAAAGACUCAUGUCGAGAAGCAGAACCUAGUAUUAUAUGCACAGCUUUGAUGUACGGGCAAUUCCUACUGAUGCCAGAUGAAUUCAAGACAGAGAUGAUGAGUGAUAAAGUGAGGUCCAGAAAAUUUUUCACUGGUGAUAGAAAGGAUGAACUUGAAAAGAUUUGGUAUUAUGACCCCUUCAGGACCAGGGUUGAAGGACUGAUUGAAGACGCUAUACGGAUAUUUGACGAAUAAAUGUGAAUAGAAUACUGUUGAAAGUCUACCCACAACAAUUUAAUCGUUUUAUAACAAGUAAGAUCUAUAUUGUUUACAUUUGAGGAGGCCCAGGAGAUGACACUGCCGAUUUUUAGUUAUUUCACAAAAUUGGGAGAAUAAGUAUCUUAGUAGAUCUGUGCCAUUUGCCAUGUAAUUUUCGUUUUUACCAUAUAUGCCAGUUUUAAAUGAAAUUUUAUGUAUUUGAAAGCUAUUUUGUAAAUUGACAUAUGACACCUUUGAUUCAAUAGCAUGUAAAUGUCACCAUUUGGCUUCAUAGCUUUGCGAAAUGUCUACGUAUGAGCUGUCGGACAAAUGUUAUGUAAAACACGUUGAGGAAGCAAAUAAAAAAUCAUGAUUCACGAAAACUAUGUUCAUUUGUUAUUGUAUUUUACUUCUUUCCGUAAUCAAGGUCGGCCACCUUGGCCGAAAAUAAAAACAUAGAAAACUAUAAAUACUAGUUUUUGCCUAAGCUAUACACUCGCCCUCGAUGGAUAUUCAUAACAAAAACACUUAGGCCCGGUUUUUCAAUCGCAGGUUAACUACGACCUUGGUCUUGACUUAUUUAUGAAAAAGCGUUUUUCAAUAUCAUGUUUAUAGUAAAACGGAAGUUAACCUUAACGAGAAGACCAUCUAUGAGUUAACUAGAAAAUAGCAAUACCUGACGUUUUUUGACAUAAACUUUGGCGUUUAUUCAAAAAAUCACAACAAAUCGAUAUCAAUCUAUCGAUUUAUUUAAGCUAUAAACAUGUUUAUGGAUUACGACGUGAAUGCGUAUAGCAGUGACGAAGACGCGAGAAGGCCAAAAAUAAUCGGCCGAAUUACUUUGAUGAAUUUGAUGACCUCGAUUUCCUUGCAAGAUUUCGUCUUACAAAAAGGACUGUAGAAAUUCCCCUGGACGAGGUCUAUGAAGAUUUAGUAUAUCCUGCAAGCAGGUAGAUGUAUAUAUUAUUGUUUAUUUCCAUAUUUUCCAUGACUUUGUCAUUCCAGGAAUAACUGCUUAACGCCCCAACAGCAGCUGUUGUUAGCACUGCACAAUGGACGUUUUUUAACUGUUGCUGGAAACUUCGCUGGGGUUUCCAAAUCAACUGCACCCAAAACAUUCCGAAGAUUCUUAAAAGUACAAACGAGUAAAAGAAGUAAUCACAUAAAAAUGCUGGAAACUCUUGAGGCUCUUGCCAGGGCAAAGCAAUCCUUUUAUAAAUGAUAUAGCUAGGUUUCCUCAAUGCAUAUGUGCAAUUGACUGCACGCAUAUAAAAAUUGUUUCUUCCGGAGGAAGCCAUGCAGAGCUCUUCAGAAAUCGAACUGUUUCUGACGCAGAUUCAUACAUUUUCGGAAAUUCUCAGCUCUGCAGACAAUUUGAAUCAGCUCACUUUGGAAACUCUUUGUUGGCUGGUGACAAAGGUUAUCCUAUUAAAUGCUAUUUGAUGACACCAUUAAAUACAACUACAACUCCUGCUGAAGAAUUAUACAAUGAAUCUAUCAUUCGUAGUCGCAAUGUUUUAGAGAGAAGCUAUGGAGUUUAGAAAAGAAGAUUUCCAUGUCGAGCUAUGGGUCUCAGUGUUCAUCUAGAUACAGUUCAAUCAGUUACUCUAGGAACAGCAGUGCUACAUAAUAUUGCUUGUCCUGAUAAUGAAGCUAUGCCCUUAUUAGUCCUGAACAGGUAAAUGCUAUUAACAUCGUUCAUGUAGAUAAUGUGAAGGCAGAUCCUGUAAAUAUUAGGUUGCCAAAAAAUGCAAUCAACAAUGUUAGAACUUACCAUAUUAAUAAUUAUUUUGCAAAUUUGUAAAUCGAUUCAAUACAUUCACUGAUGCUCAGUGAAUGACUCGAUGCUAGAUGAAAGUUGUUUAGUAUAAGAUCUGUGAUAAUCCAUGGCAAGUGAAUAAGAGUUGUGGCCAAAAUUGUUGGUGCCCAAAAAAGGCGCACACGGCACUUGAAAAUAGAUGUCCCAAGCCUCAAAAUGAGCACUCAGUCGAUCUUUUUAAACACCUAAAUUUUUCGCCAUAGCUCGCAUCUAUUUGACAUGAAUUAUCCCCUAUUUAUUGUAACUACA